AUGGCUGUUUCACGCACGGCAGCAAAGGUAUUGACCUGCUCAGGAUGUCGUCCAUGGAUGCUGCCAUCGUUCAUUGCCAGCAUCGGCGGUCCUACCCUACAGCACCCUCCGCCACCAAGACGGGCCUUCUCAACGCAACCACGACGAUGGAACGAGGCACUCGAGCGAUUGCAGAAGGAAGCCGAGACGGCGGAACAUGCCCUGAACGAUAUCAACGUGGAUUUCAAGAAUGGAGCAGAACGACAGAAGCCUGCCGAAGCCGGACCUCCUCCAGAAACAGAACACCCAUCACCACCACCGUCUCAACCUCAGCAGGAGGCUUUUGUGCCGUGGUAUCUGCACAUCGACUCGCCUAUGCCGCCUCGGGAUAAUGCUAUAUCCGCGAGGCAAAGGAGACCGGAUCUGCCAGAACAUCCACCUGCACUGCUGCAACCACUCCUCGAGCGCAUCUCAGUCGAACUCGGCAUGGACGAUUUGUCACUGCUUGAUCUUCGCGGCAUCGACCCACCUCCGGCUUUGGGUUCGAAUCUGUUGAUGAUUGUGGGCACUGCUCGAUCAGAUAAGCAUCUGCACUUCUCGGCAGACAAGCUGUGCAGAUGGUUGAGAACCGAAUACAAAUUGAGGCCCGUCGCUGAUGGUCUGCUCGGACGACAAGAGCUGAAGUUGAAGCUACGACGAAGAGCCAAGAAGUCGAGGCUGCUAUCCGCGGUGGGCGCUAAGCAGACAGCCGAUACAGAGCUUGAAGAGGGCAUCAGGACCGGCUGGGUCUGCGUCAACGUUGGGAGGGUCGAGGGCGGUGAUAUCCCCAAGACUGAGGAACAGCUGGCGAGGGAGGAGAAAGUGGUGGGCUUUGGCACUGGCAUGACUGGUACGAAUAUCGUGGUACAGCUCUUGACUGAGGAAAAGCGAGGUGAAGUCGAGCUUGAACGAUUGUGGACGGCUGUGCUGAAGAAGUCCAAGAAGGAGCAGGAUGACAUACGUGGGGGCGGUAUGCCAGAGGAGGCUGCUUCUACGGAGACGGACGAGCCACAUAUUUCAACCUCCUCCAAGGAGCCGGCGCAACCUGGGCUACUGGGCAGGCAAGAGACGCUGAACAACCUCACUAUGGCUCAUUCGCCUGGCCACCAACACCAAGUUCGAGCAUAUCAUACAUCUGCUCGCAGAUUGCAGGUGUCUUCCACUCAACUACCUGUAGGUCCAAGCGACCCUCCUUCCGACGUGAUCGAUCCUGACAACAUCACAGACCGCGACAGAAUUCUGAUUGAGCUCGACUCUCGGCUUGAGGAACUUGAAGACAUGUCGGAAGAAGCCGCGCUCGAUGCUCUCGGACCUGCAUUCAUGUUGGAAGAAUCCAAUCCUACUCCAUUCUCAGACAACGACACAACACCAGAUCUGGCAAGCUUCUAUCGGGCUAUGCCGUCCUGCCCCGAUCGCUCACAUUGGCAUGCGUACAUUCAACUGCUCUGUCAUGCGCAGCGCUUGCGCCAUCCGAACGUGAAUGCGAACAACCUGACGGCCGCACUCGAGCAGAUGCAGCUGGCGAGCUUGGUGCCAAUGGAGAAGACCUACCUCGCUGUAUUGGUGGCGCUGCUUCGUGAUGUACGCCGGACCAAUGCCUCCGACGACGCUCAGCUGACGGCUGUCUUCGACUUGUUGGAAGACAUGGAGCAUCAUGGUCACGAUGCGCUCAAGCCAGAGAUCCUAGAGCUGCUCUACCACGUGCUGGUCGGUCCACCGGCAUCAAGCGGUCAGUCAGUAUCACUGCAGUCUCUCGUGCCGGCUUUAGGUCUCGUCAGGCCGCGAAAACAGGUCCAAGAUCGUGACACGUCAGGAUUCUGGCGCACAUGGCAUAGCUACCCACGACGAAUGCUGCCAAGAGACAAGGGCAUGUAUACUCUCAUGUUUGACUUUAUCGCCGAGGAUAAGCUGCAGCUUGACUUCAAGCAAGCGCGCGAGGUCAUUGCUACAUGUCUGGUCGAUAUGGAAGUCGAGCAGCCACAAGUCUUGUUCGAUGGUGGCGAGAUCAAACUGGCCAUGUCCGUGCUGAAAGCACUGCGCCGUAUUGAUUCCAACGGAGAAGUGAGAGACUGGGACGAUGCGAGGAGCCGGAGUGAGGAUACAUUGCGAAGGGCCCUCAACAGGACGUGA